GUGACAGAGCCAGGUCCACACACACCGACAUACAUCUGGAGAGAUGACGCGACAGGGGAUUCCCUUACAUGCGACAAAUGCGCUCCUGGAACAUACUUACUGAAGCAUUGCACAAAGGACCGCAAGAGCGACUGCGGACCGUGUCCAAAGUCCCACUACACAGAGAUCUGGAACUACAUCGAACGGUGUCAAUACUGCAAUCGUUUUUGCACGGCUAAUGAGAUUGAAAGCGUACCGUGCACCCAACUGCACAACCGACAGUGCGAGUGCAAGGACGGGUUUUACAUGAGACAUGGGUCAUGUUCAAGGCACAGAAGGUGUCCGCCCGGUGAAGGGGUCAUCUCCAGUGGUAGGCUAAGUGAUAAUAUAAUGUUUGGCUACCCUUCAUAAUGAAUACGCCUUUUCCACUGCCAUGUUUCCAGUUGGCUCUGCAAACCACUGCAAUCUGUUUACAGAUUAAAUACAACAUGUACGAACAAUAUCCUUAUUUUCCAGGAACAGCACACACUGAUGUGAAGUGUGAACCUUGCCCAGGGGGCUUCUUCUCUGCAGAGUCCUCCAGUAGGAAAACCUGUCAGAAAUUUUCUGUGUGUGCCCCAGGUUAUACCACUAUACCCGGCAAUGACAUGAAUGAUGUUUACUGCGCAAAAUGUACGAAUGGUUCAAGAACACAUGAAGGUGAGAAUAUUUUGUCCAUGCUGUUUAGUCUUUUGUAGGCACAUAUGGAAAAACAUUUAUUAAUGAUAAUUGUGUAAUAUCUUCUAACCUACCAAAACUGAAAAUGAAAAGCCUUACUGUGCAUUGCAAAAGGUGGUCUCAUUUAUUGUAAUGCAGUCAAUUAAUAUGGUCUUGGUUUCUCUCCUUUUCUCUUUCUCACUCUUUCAACCACUCAGAUGAAGCUAUCUGUGAUGGGGAGUUGAUGGAAUUCCUGGCACUGCAGAUCCUCUCACCAAGAAAGGAAAAAAGACUGGUGGCUGUGCUCAGGAGGAGUGCGGGGAAAACCACAACCAAAGAUGCAACUGUCCUAGACCUCCUCAAAUCUAUUAAGAGCAAACCUAGCAAACCUUUUGCUAUUCAAAUGCUUGCUAUCCUGAACACAGACAGGUUGCUCCAUUUAAGAACUAAAGUCAACAAA